GUUGCCAGACUAUCACAGGGCUGACACAGAGACAGGCAACCAUUCCCGCUCACAUUCACACCUACGGGCAAUUAAGAGUCACCAAUUAACCUGCAUGUCUUUGGACUGUGGGAGAAAACCCAUGCUAACACGGUCAAUCACUUAUAAUCACUUAUAAGUGAAGGUUUCUGUGAUGUUAAGAGAUUUCCAAUAGGCUAAUACAUAUACACAUAGAUUUGCAUAAUUCAAGCGCAUGUGCCCACUCCCAUGUUGAUAAGAGCAUUAAAUACUUGACAAAUCUCCCUUUUAAGUGUGAUUCAUCGUGAUAAACUAUGUACAAUUAAUCAUGUGAUUAAUCACGAUUACAUAUUAUGUGGAAGAUUAUAUGUAAAAAAUAAUGCAUGUGCAUUGUCAUGUCUUGCCCUGCACUCUGUGUUUUUUGGAAUUUCUUUAACCAACAAGUUAGCUUGGGCCUUCAUUUGAGAAAAGACAUCAGCCACUUGAAGUCAGAGUGGUCGGUCCUAAGGGUGAAGUGAAGGCCCCUGAUGUAGCACAUGAAAUGCAGAGUACCACUGACUGACUUGCUGUGGUAUACUAUGACUUUCUACAAUCAGGUGUCAAACAGGUUACAGGUAGCACAGCUCAUGUUUCAAUGUCACCAGUGUCAAUAUUGAGGAUGAAAAGUAUGGUGUGGUUAGGGGAAAAGACGACUAGGGCAUUCACAAGAGCUCUCUACAGUGAGGUGAAUGAUGUAUGGCACUCCUCUGUUCAUAUACUUUUCUAUUAAGUGCAGGCCAAACUGGUACUUGAUGCAUCUAUGCAACAAUACUACUUAACAAUCCUUUAUUAUGCAGCCAGGCACAGAAAGCUCUUCAAGUUUAUCUUGUGUUUAUGGCACAGUCCAGUUCCCCAGGGACAUCCACCUUCAGUAUGCAGUCCUCUACAGCUGUAAUCCAUACUUGGCAGUGAACAGACCUCUUUACAACCCGACAACCACCAAGGCUUCCCCCACAAUUGGGGAUAGCUCACCGGUGACAUUCUGAAGUUUCACUCUGGAGGAGAGAAUAGUUGUUUCCUUGUUACUUGGUAAACAAGAAGCUGCGUCCAGCAACACUGAGCAGAGUGUCCCCUAAAUUGUCACAGGAGCACAACAGUCUUCUAACUCCACCUGCACUUGGUUGCAAUGCUGAACUGCUUCACAGGUGUCUGGAUGCACUAAUGGACCAGGUGACCAGGCUGUCAAGACUCCUGUGCAUGGCUUGGGGCCCCGCUACUUACGCUGAGUGGUAGCUCAUACUAGUUCAGUUAAAUUCAACUCAGCCCCCUCCUGUUUAGACACAGAUCUCCUCAGUUGCACAAACUGUGGUCUCUUUGUCAGGUAGUCAAAAAUCCAGGAGAUUGUGGAGGUGCCUACCUGCAUCUUUUGGAGCUUCUCUCGCAGCAACAAGGGCUGUGGAUUGUGUUAAAGGCACUGGAGAAAUCAAAAAAACAUUAUCCUCACAAUGCUGCCAGCUUUGUCAAGGUGAGAGUGUGCUUGCUGAAGCAGGUAGAUGAUGGCAUCCUCAACACCAACCUCGGAGCGGUAGGCAAACUGUAAUGGGUCCAGGGAGGUGGUCACAUGAGGUCUGAGAUGGGCCAACACCAGCCUCUCCAGGACUUUUAUGCAGUGUGAUGUUAAGGCAACCAGUCUAUAGUCAUUGAGGUCAGAUGUAGAAGACUUCUUUGGUACCGGAACAAGGCAGGAUGUCAAAACACAGCACUGGAACCUUCUCCUGGCUCAGGAUAAGGUUAAAGAGGUGCUGUAGAAUCCCACAUAGUUGGUCCGCGCAGAUCUUCACAACCCUGGGGCUGAUGCCAUCCGGACCUGUAGCUUUCCUACGAAGUAGCAGCAGAAAUGUAUUUAGCUGCCCAGUAUCCAUGUUGAACGUGAAAAUCCUUCCGUAUUACAGUGUUUCAAAGAAAAAAAGGGCAAUAAAAGACAAGGAAAAACACAAAAACACGAGACGUUGACUGGAGCUACUGCAACAGGCUGCCAUUAGCACGGCGACAUCUUGGAAGAUGGAGUUGGGGUUUAGGGCAGAAAAGUUUUGUCUGGGUGAACUGACCACAGCAUCCAUCCUUUACUUUCAUAUCCCUCUCUCUGCUGUUCUCUACAAUUUAGCCACACAGUAAUGCCCAUAGUUGUUAGUCCCCUCGUUCCUCCCAUCCCCACUCCACCAUCAGCAUCUUUCACACCAAAUGCAUUUUCUCACAGGAAGAAGAUGCAGAGGUGUUACCUGAAUUUCUGACAAUUUACUAAGAGAAAGGUACACUGGUUACUGUAGUCCAUAGCCAAGGCCAAAACAAAGAAAACAAUGAACUCUGCUGUUAGCCCUGAGAUUAGUCUCUCCCUUAGACUCAUGCAUAUAUACAGAGUUAGUCAGUUUCACACCAAAUGUGCAGGCGUACAUACAGUACUGUAGAUUUCUCAAGUUACAGCAUAGAGUAAAACAUAGUAUGUCAAGCAUCGCCUAUCCUACAAUACAGCUGACUAUGAUUCUACGGACUACAGUGAAACGUAAACAGACAUUUCCUGAUAUCAUCAUCCUCUUUGAUAAUUUCUACCAUGAAUGAUGUUUUUACCCAAAUCACAGUAUGAUGAUGUGUAAAGUUUUACAAUUUUCUUCAGUUGAAUUUGGCAAAAAAUAGAAAAUUAGGGCCGUGAGUGUCGCUAUGGUUUGUUACAUCAAGGUCCAAGAAAGUAGGUAUGGAACGAGAUUUUUGCUUAAAGGUGCAGUAUGUAAGAUCAGGCGGCAUCUAGCGGUGAGGUUGCAGAUUGCGACCAACUGAAAUGUUAUUUAUUUAUUCAUGUUGGCAUUGGGCAAACCUAAAAAAGACCUGAUGUACAGUAUAUUUUGAGUAAAGGGCCUAAGGAUUUACUUAAUUCAUCCAUUUUCAAGUAUAGAUUCCAAAUAUAUAUUACAGGUAUUUAUAUUUUAUACAUAUAUAAAGCUUAAAAUAGUGAUACAAUAAAUUGUGUUGCAGAGAUAAGUACGCUAUUUAAACUAUUCAUUUUGUCAUUAAUAUUCCUCAAACGGGGCUUUUUUGAAACCACAUUGCAUGAUAAACAUGUUUCCCUCAUGAUGUCAGUUUGGUUUCAACAAUUGCACCAGCUGACACACUGUGCUCUUUAAGCUCAUGAGUCAUCUUUGUGUUUACACUAAAUGCCAAUAAAAGACAGACUUUUCCAUUGCUCCGCACAGUGCAGGUGAGGACAAGAUAUACUGCCACAGGUAUAAAACCAGAGGUACAUUUGAAUCAAUGCAUAGCAGUUAAUUCAAAUUGCUUGUUAGAUCCUUCAUCAGUUGACUUGAAUACUGAGAAACAUAUUUUUUUUCUCAACAGGGGAGGCCACAGCAUAAUAUCAAGCGUAUAAUUAUGUAUACAAAUGCAUCUUCUCAGGAAUUACUAACACUGGUAUCAUUGGACUUAACUGCUACUCAAAUGUAUCCAGCGUUUGUAUUUGGCACACUCACCUAUCUAAUCAUUAUGUUUUGCAACUUGUUGGUAUUAACAACUAUUGCUGUGAGUAAAAAGCUACACAAGCCCAUGUUUAUCCUGCUGUUCAACUUGCCCAUUAGUGACAUGGUGGGUGCUACAGCUUUUUUUCCUCAGCUUCUUUACAGCAUUGUGACACAGAACAGACUGAUUUCAGCUCCUGCAUGUUUUACUCAGGCUUUUCUGAUUCAUUUUUAUGCUACAGGAAACUUGUUUAUCUUGAGUGCCAUGGCAUAUGACAGAUAUAUUGCUAUAUGUUGCCCUUUGAGGUAUAAUGCUAUCAUGAGUCCACAUAAUUUAAUCAGAAUGAUCAUUUUAAUAUGGUUUCUAAAUUUCUCAUUGAUAUUUACAUUGUUUAUGCUGGCUGCACGGUUUAAACUUUGCAGGACGAAUAUAGUGGAUUUGUUCUGUAACAAUCCGUCGUUAUUGAAACUGGUCUGUGAGGACACCAGAGUCAACAACUACUAUGGGAUGAUUUGUAUAGUCUUAAUCCAUGGGGGACCACUGGCAAUAAUAAUAUACACAUAUGCACAGAUUUUGCGCACAUGUGUCAUGACUAAUAAUACAGAUGCCCGGAGAAAAGCCAUUCAGACAUGUGGUACACAUUUAGUUGUUUUCUUAAUCUAUCAAAUUAAUGCCACCUUUGCACUCAUUGCUCAUCGCAUUGAGAGUUCAUCCCCGUACUUAAGAAGGGCUCUCGGUGUGUCAAUUUUAAUAUUUCCCCCUUUUCUGGACCCGAUUAUAUAUGGACUGAAAACAACAGAACUCAAGCAGAGCAUGAUAACGUUCCUAAAAAAAAUGUAGGUUCAACAAAGCUGUAACCAGUUUGGCUUUCAUAUGAAAUAUUUUACAUUCAGCAUGAACUAAUGUUGACUUCAAAUCCAGCAUAAUUCAGUAAGAAUAAUCUGCAUACAAAAAUAAUUGUCAUGUGUUCUUUACAUGAACAUUUCUCCAUCUGAUGAUUACAUGUUUGUGAAUUUGUAAAUUAUCACAUGUUCACAUUUAUGUUAAAAUAUGUUUAUGAUCACAAGAAACAGCAGAGGUCAUUUCUCUUCCAGAGAGUUCC